GAUCUAUAAGAUGGAAAAAUAUUGAAGAUCAUUCAGAUUUGGAAUCAUUAGUGGAAGUUGCUGAUGUAAACCGACCAAAAAAAGCGCCGGCGAGAUUUUUUCAGAAAAAGAAACAAUCAGAAAAUCACAAGGACAACACGAGUAUAUUGAAAGAACUGAGAAAUCUCCGUAGUCAAUUAGUCAAAUUAUCCGAUCGAUUAGAAACAUUUCAGGGGGCUGCUUUGAAAGAAAUAAAGACAGCCAACAAUUCUUUCCAAAAACUGAAAGAAACUACAGUAAGAAACUUACAAACAAACUUGAGGAAUUUUGAAAGUCCUCCCCCUUCUAGUUAUUGGAGGAGUGAAAACGACAAGACUGAAAGUAUGCACUUAGGGCAAGGAAUAUGGAUUAGCAAGGAGGACUACGAUACAACUGGUGUCCAUUCAUGUUCAUCACACGCUUUUGUUUGGAGAAUGGCAGAACUGAUAUUCCAAGAGGAAUUGAAAACUGGAAGCGUUACCGGAAGUAUAUCCCGUCGAACAAGAGAGACAAAACAAGCUCUAUCUUUAAAGGGACGCUUAGCGUUAAGAGAUAUUUACAGUUAUUACCUGAGGACUUAUCAGAAGUUAGACGAGGACUCUAUUGCUUAUGAACUCGCUCAAAUUUCUGACUAUCUUAGAAUCAAGAUUAAUGACAUCAGACAGGGCCCAAGUGAGUUUUGCAAUCUUCAAACAUUUAUACUGAAGAGAAUGUCUCAGUAUUUUCUUUCUUCCAAUAAGCCGUUUAUUGUCUCUAUUUUGGAAUGAAUGGACUCAUAGUUGAUUUCGUAAAUGUAGCA